UGGAAAAUGUAAAACAGAAAGAGGAACCAUAGUUCGCUGCUAUAUAUACCAACAUUUUCCUCCGUGGUGUGAGUCAGCACAAGACGCUAGAUCUGUUGUUCAGGAAAAUCUACAACUCCACAAUGAGCGACACAGGUGUGAACAACAGUGGUGGUGUGGUAUAUUUUUGUGAUCAGAUGUUUGACUUCGAAACCAUCAGUGGUGCCAUCUUCAUUUUGAUCUUCAUCCUCAGUCUUAUAGGCAACAUUCUCCUCUUAUGUGUUAUUUUCAUUGGCAACAACCUGAAAAAUGUCACCAAUCUGUUCAUUCUGAACCUGGCCUUCUCUGAUUUGGUCUUCACUGUCACACUUCCAUUCUGGGCCGUCUAUCACCUGCACCACUGGGUAUUUGGUAACUUUGCCUGCAAAUUAAUGACUGCGGCAUACAUUGUUGGUUUGUACAGUAGCGUCCUUCUGCUGACUGCCAUGACUGUGGAUCGUUUCAUAACAGUGGUGCUACACAACUGGCAGAUAAACCCUACAAGGAGGCAGAGGUGUGCAGGGGGCACCUGUGCAGCAGCCUGGGUCAUCAGCAUCGCUGCAUCUGUGAGUGAUGCUGUCAAAGUAAAGGUGGAAACCGAAUGGAACAAUCUUUUCAAGUGUGAGGAUCCCUCUGUUGGCUCUGAUGUCAACCUGGGAUAUUAUCUCCAAGUGUCACUGCUCUUCUUCCUCCCAUUUGCCAUCAUUGUUUUCUGCUAUGCUGCCAUCCUCAAGACAGUUCUGCAGACUUCCAACAGAAGGAGGCUCAGGACUGUAGUGGCGGUCUUAUGCAUUGUCACAGCCUUUUUCAUCUGCUGGGGACCUUACAAUAUUUUACUUGUCGUCAUGUCUUUGUAUGAACCCGUAGGCUGUUAUGCGAAAGAGCGCUUGUUCAAUGCCUAUUCUAUUUGUCGUAUACUUGCUUUUUCUCACUGCUGUAUGAACCCUCUGCUAUACAUGCUCUCACAAAGGUUGCGAAGACUUCUUUUGCAACUUUUCCACUGCGAGAAUGGCAGGAGGAAGAACAGAGAGAAGAGCAAUGGGCAGAACACAUCUGUAGUUCAGAAUGUAGCUUUUACAGCUCAAAACUCUGCUGUUAUGUUGGAACUACCCUCCAAAUAAUCAUUAAAUCAUCAGACAAAACAUUUAUUUGAGCUGUAGAUGCUUUUAGGCAAUACGGUUUGUAUUUAUUUAAUUGUCAUUCUAAGUUUUGCACAGUUCCUUAAAAUGUGUUGGUCUACCUGUAUGUAUGUUCUUUUAAACGUGCCCAGUAAAUGGUGAAUAUGUAAAAAAAAAAAAAAAAAAAAAAAAUCUAAAACAUGUCAAUAUGUAUGAUGAUGUGUGGACAUGCACUUUUGCACAUUUUCAGACCUUAUGAAUAAACAUUGCUGUGCUGGUCAUGCAAUAUUUUUGAAUAAAGUUAAACUGAAAUCUAAUUUAGAUGUUUUCACU